AUGAUAGAAUAUCAAGAUUUCAUUAAUAAGAAACUUAAAGAUUUUAAGUUUUUAAAGGAUAAAAUAGAAUCCUAUUUUGAAACCAGAAAUAAUCCUUAUCAUUUUCUUAAAAAUGAAAAAUGUAAUGAUAUUACAUUGAUUCUUUAUUAUUUAUGUAAAGUUUUAUCUGGAGUAGAGACUAUAUCAGAUUCACAAUUAAUAGUCAUUCAGAUAUUUGAUGUUUUUGAUGGUGUUUUUCAAGAGUAUUUGGCUAAAAUUGGUGAGACCACAGGUGUACAAGACAAAAAGGUAAUCAACUCUAUCAACAAAAUGAAUAAACUAUCAGUCUUGAAUAGCGAUUUUUUUUAUUUAACAACUUUAAUAUGGUUGACCUAUAUCGAUAACUCUGACGUGGUGGUAAAUUUAAGUGAUUCAUUCAGCCAAUGGUUCGAAAACAAAACUAAACCUAUAAACAACACCUAUAGAACAUCUUAUAUCAAAGAUUUCUGUGAAUCAAUUGCAAUGCUGGGUGGACUUGAUUCAGAAACAAUAAGAGAUAUAAAAUAUUUUGGAAAAUAUCUCACAAAUCUAAUAGAAAACAAUCAAGUUGAAGAAUCAAAAGAAUAUUUGAUUACUUUUAUAAAGAAAUACAAAAUAACUAUAUCAAGAGAGAUGAUAAUUAUUUUAAUUGAGAAUAUGGUUUUGAAGAGUAAAUAA